AUUUCUCUUGAUAGCAACAAAAGCUCUCUUCGCCCAAAUCUGAUUCUCCAUCCUCUUUCUUUGAGAAGCCUCUCUAGCAACAAAGAUGCAGGACAACACAAACAAUGGUGCAUUUUUCUCUUUUGGGAAUGACGACAUCAACCUCUUUCAUCGAGACCAAGGCGAUCUAUAUAGCAUAGUGAAUCAAUCAAAUUCUUUGAGGAAUUCAAUCCGUGCCUCAGAACUUAAUGCUUCAUUCAAUGAAGCUGACAAACGGAGCCAUUCAACUAAUGUAGUUGAUCAUGGUUUUCAUAAAAAGGUUGAUACAGAAGCUGAGAUACUUGCUCUUUUCAAGGAUGAGGACAUCAGCACCAUUUUUCCAGACUUGCCUGAUCUAGAUGAUAUGCUCCAGGAAACAAUUCUUUCAAGAUUUCAUGAUGAAGCUGGACCAGAAGAGAACAAGCAAUAAUUGGCACGAUCCAUUGUCAAGAUAAUUAUGCAUGGCGUUUACAAAAUCAGCAUAGCUUCUAAUUCACUCUUCAGAUUUGCAUUUAUGGACAUAGUUUGGACAUGAUAUCUAGAGACCAAGGAUUUCGUCAUCCUGCAAAUUUCAACCUCAAAGUCUAUGUUGGUCCUGGGGGAAGAAGGGGGUCAAUGGAUACUCAAAUAUUUAAAGAAGAAAAAAAUUGCCUUACAAUUUUGCAGGCAUAUUUUACAAGCUGUAUGUAACUUCUUAUGUUGCAGAUUUUGAGGCAUUUAGAGUUUUCCCCAAUUUUAUAAGUUUUAAACACUUGCCUAUAUAAGGUGGCCUGGCUGGAAAGUAGACCUUGAAUUUGAUCAAUAAUAUUUUG